CAAAACUACAUGCUCUAACUCCGAGCCCACGAUGCUCACAUGCAUACACCAUCCGUUGAGCGCCUAUUUCAUCCAAGCAUCAACCUCUGUAGCACAUUAUAUCGGGUCACGGCCUAGUCCGAAGCUUCAAGUCGCUCUUCCGUGCUGAUCGCCGCACUUGCGUGUUUGGCGUUUUGGAUGAACAUAUUUUCCAAGUCCAAUUCGAAAACAAGUAUUGCUACGUCAUUCCUCGAAUAAUCAUAUACAACGCUAGUACGACUGAUAUGAUGAUCAACCUCUAAACACCGCCAUUUCAUUUUGAGUGACGGACAAACAGCCGGAAUAGUCCAGCUUGAACGUUGAAACACCCUUCUCUCGUAUAAAGGGUUGCGCCCUGAUGGUUGCUAGCUCCCUCUUCAAAAGCGCCCCAUACAUUAAACUUCCAAUGACUGAAGUUACAGGCAAAGUAGAUUUCAAAGUCGGUGACGAUACGUACCAGACUUGGUAUAAGAUCGUCGGGGAUCUCGCUUCGGGUGCACACCCUCUCAUCGUGCUGCACGGCGGCCCUGGCGUCUCGCAUGAGUAUAUGACACCUCUCGUUGAAAUUCAAAACAAAUGCAACAUUCCUGUCAUCUUUUACGACCAGAUCGGCAUUGGCAAGUCCAUUUUUGAAGGCGUGGCGGAGAAGCCCAAAGAGUUUUGGACAGUCGAUCUGUUCAUGGAUGAGCUGGACAACCUUCUUGCCCACUUCAGUGUGCAGAAUGGCUUUGCUCUUCUAGGUCACUCAUGGGGAGCGAUGUUAGGAGCGCACUAUGCCAGCCACAGACACCCUGUGGGCCUCAAACAUCUCAUCCUCACUGGGGGAGCCCCGUCCAUGGAAUUGUGGGAAAAAAGCACUGGCCAGCUGCUGAAUGCGCUGCCAGCAGGUGUGAGGGAGACGAUUGAAAAGCACGAGAAAGAGGGGACAACGGAUAGCCCUGAAUAUCAACAAAUGAUGGGGAUCUUCUAUGAAAAGCAUGUGAUGGAGACGUCCUUUGGAGCUAUGAUGCAAAAUCCUACUGUGUAUCAUACGAUGAUUGGACCGUCAGAGUUCACCAUUACGGGCACCCUGAAGUCAUGGUCAUGUUUAGAUCAGAUUCACACCAUAACAACUCCUACUCUGCUCACCAACGGUGUCCUGGACGAAGCGCAGGACGUCUGUGUCAGUCCUUUCUUCCACAGAAUCCCGCAUGUGAAGUGGGUGCAGUUCUCGCAGCGCCACAUGCCAUUCUUGGAGGAGGAAGACCAGGCGAGAUACUUUCAAGUAGUGGCUGAUUUUCUGACGUAUCCUUGAAUAGUUAAUCCUGUACGAUUGCUCAGUCAUUUGGCCAUAAUAUGACUUUGGCACUGUCUCGCCUCAGUCUCAUUUCUCCAUCAAUUUUUAUAGUUAGAAUUUCUAGUGCGUGAAAACCGAAGUGGCAAACUGGAAUAUCUGACUGAGAUAGGAUGAUAUGCAUGAAGUGAACGUUGGUGUACGGGAUUUG